AUGACUUCUUGGAAUAGAGAUUCGAUUAAUCAAAAUUGGAGACAUCCUAUUACUUACAAAUUUGACAAUGAAGAAAUUAAAACUUAUUGCCAAAUAAAACUUUUUGAUGCUAGUAAAAAACCCAUUGAUUAUAAUAUUUGGGUUGAUGAUGAUUUGAAACUGAAUCUGAUCAAACCUCAUCAAUGGUUUUUAAUCAAUGAUAUCGUUAUUGAUGAGAAUAAGAAACCUUUAUUAGAACAUAUAACUAGUGCUAAACUUGAAAAUAUUAAAUUGAAAAAAGGAACAAAGUGUUAUUGA